AUGUAUCAGAACGGUGGUGGCCACCCAUCACUCACCCCAUUGACAGGCCCAGGGUCUGGACUUAACAUGGGCCCGUCUACCUCAUCAAGUUCAUCGCCGUAUUCACAUGAAAACUUAUCGGCAUCUUUCAUGCACACACCCUCUACACCGGUGUAUGUCCCAACAAAUCGCCCCAACAUACAUGGUGCCCACAUGUCUGCCUAUGGAAUGGGAAAUGGAACUGGACAACCAACACCUCCCUCUUUGAAUGGGACACCAACUGGGUCUUCCAUGUGGCAGACAGACAACCUGUGUAUGCCAUAUACACCCCCAUCUGCUUCAUCCAGAUUCGGGUUCCCUCCAGCGCAGUCCAGCCAGAUCAUGUCGCAUUCUGACGCUGCAGCUGCAGCUGCUGCUGCUUACGCUGGUACAACUCUUCAGCGAACUCCGGCUUCUUUAAACCCAUAUUCUCCGUACAUGAGAGCUGAUUUCAACGCUUGGAGCAACUUUAGUAACAUGGCUCUUCAAGGCUUCAAACAGACUAUUGAUCAAGAUGGACAAGAAUGCUGGGUGGAUCCCGAAGGACGUGAGUGUGUCAACUGUGGUGCCGUGGCUACGCCCCUGUGGAGGAGGGACGGAACGGGCCACUAUUUGUGCAAUGCCUGCGGACUCUAUCACAAGAUGAAUGGCUUAAACCGGCCAUUGGUGAAACCUCAUAGGCGAGGAAUGAUUGGGAUUGACUUUUCCCAGGUAUCGUCCACCCGACGCAUGGGGAUGAUAUGUGCUAACUGUCGCACCUCCACUACAACACUGUGGAGGAGGAACAGUGAGGGCGAGCCCGUCUGCAACGCAUGUGGACUGUAUUACAAAUUACAUGGGGUCAACAGACCGCUGUCCAUGAGAAAGGACGGCAUUCAGACCAGGAAGAGAAAACCCAAGGGUUCAUCCAGUAGCAAGAAAAGCUCCAGCAAACCAUAUGACCCCUCGGUGACGUCAGAAGACAGGAAACCAAAUUUACAGUCGCAUUCUCCAGACAAAAGCAGCAGCAACAACAACAGUAGCAGUGGAGGUGUUGGUGGUAAUAGUGCCGGCGGUGGUGGGUUGGGGGACACACCUCUGAGCCAUCAUCAUAACCAUCAACAGCUACACAUGCAGCAAUCGGUUCCACUGUAUCACGGAUACCUGGGUAAGUUGUCCACUAACCAUCACCUUCAGCAGCAACACCACCAUUUUCUCAACAACAACAACAACAAUCUAGGAAGUUUGGCCGACCAAUUUUCUGGCAUGUCCUCUUCAAUGGCGCUGACCUUAGGGUCGGGUAGGUCAUCAACACUUGGAAUUAUGACUCCUUCACAGAUGUGUGGCAAUAUAUCGUCGUCGCCAUCGCCUGGCCCACAGCAGCAUCCCAGCAACAACCACAUGUCAACUCAAGGACAGCGUCAGGUGAACGCAGAACAACUACUCACUGACCUCAGCAUGCUCCGUCGACUGAGCCCUGCAGAUUCACGACACCACAGCACUGCUCACACAUCCUGA